UUUUCUCUCUCUCUAGAGGUCUUGUGUUGUUUUAGAGGAGCAAGCUCAAGUCAAGUAAUGCAAGACUCACAAGAAUCAUCGGAAUCAAUGGAUUCGUCUGCAACUAUCAACGGCCAGGACGGCGGCGAUUUAGAUGAACAAGACCCAUUUGACAAUAACGAGUUCCUCAACCACGCUUGGCUCUACAAUAUCGCAAUCCCAGACAAUCUUUAUCCUCAAGAUGCGAAUCCUCAUCCGUUAUCUCCACCACGACUUACUCACUUCACGUUUCGAUGGCAAGAGAUCUUAGACGGAACACAAAACCUCCACAACACGAACUUGCUCCGUCGAGGCGACUCCAGCCAAGUCUAUCUCUGCGAUUUCCCAAGAUUUGAUAAGGUCGGAGCUGCAAAGAUUCGAGAUUUACAAGACGGAGAGGCUCACCCUGAGUUCGUGGCAGAGAUCAAAGCCUUACACAGAGCUAAUAACCCGAACGUGGUCAAACUUCUCGGCAAAUGUGUCAACCGCGAACACUGCGUCAUCGUCCACGAGUUCAUACCAAAAGGCUCUCUCGAUCACUACCUCUUUGCUGGUAAUAAAACCAAUCAGGUUUUGGAUUGGUACACAAGGAUGAGAAUCGCAGUGGGUGUAGCUGAAGCUCUUGUUUACGUACACGAGGAGUUGAAGAUGAUUCACAGAGAUGUUAGGGCUUCCAAGGUUUUACUUGAUGAGGAUUUUAUGCCGAAGCUGAGUGGUUUUGGAUUAGCGACAAGAAUCGUUGAAGAUGAAGCUGGUGUUGAGCAGCAGAGCGAGAUCAGUAGGAUCAAGGGAAGUACGGGAUGCAUAGCACCCGAAACAGAGUGGUUCGGUUUGGUUUCGAGCAAGUCUGAUGUCUACAGCUACGGAGUUUUCCUGUUGACGCUUUUCACUGGAAGGAAAGCUUUUGAUAUUGAAGAACUUGGUCCAGCAAGGACGCUCACUGAUUGGUUAAUGCCAGUAUUGAACAUAGAAGAGUGUAUGCCUCUGGUUGUUGAUGCUGCGCUGGCUAGAUGGUUUUCGGCUGAAGGUUUGGUCAGAUUAUUUCAUGUGGCGAGGAUGUGUUUGGACCAAGAGGUAGUCGCACGGCCUACUAUGCGUUUCGUGGAGUUGAUGGUUCGUCACGCUGCAGAUUAUGAGGCCCUAGAGUGGCUCCCAGUGACCAAGAGGUCUUCGAUUUAGGAAGUUUUAUAGGCUGCUUUUUUUUUUUGGUUUUCAUGAAAAGCAGCAUUAUAUAGUUAGUUGUUUGGAUGUGUAGCUGGUGAUUUUCAACUGUUCUUUUAUAUAUGAUUUGAGAUGAGAUCAGGUUGUGAACUUUUGAGACAAUGCCAUCUGUUAAUCAACGUUUGAGAUUGUUUGCCUUUUA